AUGAACCCAGUAAAAAAAACCGUCCAAAAACUCCUUGAGCUCUACAAGAAGCUUAAAAGUGACAGCCUAACAACUGACCGAUCCGAGCUGAUCGAACUCCCCAAAGAAAUUCAUGAUGACAUGGAAAACACUUUGAGCAUUUCACUCAAGCAAAACCUUAAACGCUUCGCAAAAGACACUCUCCAAUACCAUGGAGCCAUCCACAAAGGAGCAGAGCGGAUCAGGACAACCACCAAAGCCACAAUAGAGAUCUACCAGAACCUUGGGUACCUCAUCGAGACAGGAGGAUCACCAGAAGAAGUCCAUGCAACCAUGGAAAAGGCUAGACGGCUUGCAAUUUAUACAUAUGCCAUGGGCAAAGGACUCGACGGCGACACAAAAGAUAUUGCUGACAAAGCCAUCCAUCUGCCAGACGCCAUCCGAUACCUUAACGAAAACGAAGAAGCUGAGGGAAAAGAUUUGGCAUACUCUCCAGAGACCCUGGAGAGAAUACAAGAGGCCCGUUACGAAGAUGCCAUUUUGCAAAAGGCCACUGACAGUCCCUGUGCAUACAACCAGAAUUGUGGACAGUACCCAGGCCGAGGGGGCCGUGGACAGAGAACAUACCAGGGCAGAGGUUACACGCAUAACACAAAUAACCACGGAGGUCUUUUUUGGGAGAGGACAACCAAGAGGACGAGGAGCACCAACGAUGUGUCCAACAAGUCAACCAGCAGCCAACAAUUCUCCCCCUCAAGCUUAGAACUAUUGAAGCACCCGUCCUUAACAAUAGAAAAAAUAUCAAAAACAAUUCAAUUAAAAAAUGGAAGCUUGCUUUCCGACAAUACUAUGAAAAAAAGUCUAGAAAACAAAAAAAAACGACAAUACUCAACACUACAAUAUCCCUGCAGAUUGGAUUGCACCUGUGAACAGACUCCAAAAGUUCCUCCCCAACUGAACAACACUCACGAAUCACCAAUGGCCGUUCUCCAUUAUCAGCCAAGGGUACCAAAUACAAUUCCAAUACCAACCAAUUCCCUGGAGGAUCAACAAGCCUUUCAAACUCUCAGAGAUCGACCAGCAAGCAGUGAACAAGAGUGUAGGAAAAUGUUACGAAUCCAAUUCAGAGACAGUAGCAGUAAGGUGUAUGAUCAGGUAUGGAAUAAAUUUUCGGAAUGGUGCCAGAAAAUGGAUCCUACAUUGAAUAUUGAAGACUACAACCCUACCCUCAUGGUAGAAUACCUGGUAUUAAACCGUCACUGA